UGUUUGGCAAAAGAGGUUAUACACACAGAGGAAGAGAACUUUAGAGCUGCCGGUUGAUUUUCACUUUCUCUUUCUCUUGGAGAAGAAGUUUUAGUUUUUCCGCUUCAGAUUUCGAAAGAAGCAAGCAAUAAUGGACGUAAUCAAGUCGCAGCAAAUAUCAGCUCGGCCGAUUGAGAAAGUGAUAGUACAUCCGCUGGUACUUCUGAGCAUCGUAGACCACUAUAAUAGAGUUGCGAGAGACACCAGGAAACGUGUUGUUGGGGUUUUGCUUGGGACUUCUUUCAAAGGCACCGUUGAUGUUACCAAUAGCUAUGCAGUGCCCUUUGAAGAGGAUGACAGGGACCCAAGUAUCUGGUUUCUUGACCAUAACUAUCAUGAAUCAAUGUUUUCCAUGUUCCGUAGGAUAAACGCCAAGGAGCAUGUUGUUGGCUGGUAUAGCACUGGUCCAAAACUUAGGGAAAAUGACCUGAACAUCCAUGGGCUUUUUAAUGACUAUGUCCCCACUCCAGUCUUGGUUAUAAUUGACGUCCAGCCCAAGGAGCUCGGAAUACCAACUAAGGCAUACUAUGCAGUUGAGGAAGUUAAAGAGAAUGCAACUCAAAAAAGCCAGAAGGUGUUUGUGCAUGUACCUUCAGAAAUUGCUGCUCACGAAGUUGAAGAAAUCGGUGUUGAGCACUUGCUAAGGGAUGUGAAAGAUACUACAAUCAGUACUCUUGCAACUGAG